GAAUCAAGUUUCAUGUCGCUGAUGUAUAUGUGAACAAUAAUUCUAAGCACGCUAGCUGGAUUAAAAAUUCAGUCGUUUUGAGCUUAUCCAAUGUUUUACAUAAAGUAGUUUGUUGAAUCUGUUUUGUUUCAUUUUGUUUAAUAGCAUAAGUUGUUAUUGUUGAUUAUUUCUAUAUCAAUUUAUGUCCACAAUAAGGACACACACAAUAGCUUAGUUACUAGUAUAUAUACUACAACGAAAUAUCAGCACAGCUAAAAUAUAAACGGUAUUGUAUUUUAUCAUUUUGCUAUAGCUGGUUCAAUUUCAAUUUAUGUAAAAUUAUCAUUUCUAUAGAUUUGUUACUAAUAUAUAAAAACAGCAUGCGAGUUCAAAAAUGGAGAACAAAAGCAGAAUACAUAUCCAUGUUUGUCAUGCUGAUAGCGCACACAGUUGGGACGAAUGUAGCUCCAUCUGAUGAAGUGGACAUACAGUUGCUCGGACAGUAUAUCGACCGCCUGAUGAAUAAAUCCCUUGGAGUUGAAGCAGUGCAGGCCCGAAUUGAUGUAUUAAAUUUCACGAGGACAAAGUAUGACGGAAAUUUACUUGUGAAACAGUUAUCUGGGAUAAUAUCCGAAAAAAUUAGUCAAAAUAUUGACGGAUUAAGAUUGACAAAGCAAAUUCUUGAAGCAGAGAUCCAAACAGGAAAGCACAAAAUGUCGUCUCGCUCCAAAUGGGUAUCGUGCUGCAAGUAUGACGAAUCUAAAACUGCUAUGGAUAAACGAUUCAAAACAAAGAUUGACAACAGCACCAUUUGCGAACUGGUGUCUCCUUCUACACCAUUGGCAUACUACCAACUCCCACGGGCUGUUGUGAACCAAAUGAUUGAAAAUAACAAGAAUAUGCCUUUUUUGAAAUGGCAAUACGUUGGCUCAAACCAGGGCGUGCUGUUUUCCUACCCAGCACACAGAAAUCAGGAUUUUUGUAGGGGAAAUCAAUAUGACCCACGAUACCGACCGUGGUAUGUGGAAGCUGCUAGUCCUGAGAAGAAGCGCGUAGUAAUUUUACUGGACUCGUCGAAUUCUAUGGGUAGAACUCACAAUAGUGAACGGUUGAUUGACGUUGCUGCUGAUGCAAUUGGAACGUUGUUGGACUCUUUCAUGCCUAGUGAUAUGGUUGGAAUCGUUGCUUUUAAUGACACUGCGUUUUAUCCAAGCGAUUGCUUUAGUAAACAGUUGGCAUAUGCUGAUGGAAUGAAUAAGAAAAAACUGAAAGAAGAAUUUCUAUCAAAGUUGCAACCGGGAGGCCAAUCGAAUUAUGCUGAAGCUUUUCGAGCUGCUUUUGAUUUGAUGGCAUCCGAAAACUUUACCGAAGGAUUUAAUAAAAGAAUGCGUUGUGUGAUACUGUUCAUAUCUGACGGAGAUGCAAGUGAAAUUCACCACAAUAAACUAAACAACAUUUAUCGAAUCAUCAGGGAAGGAAACAGAAACAUAUUGAACUAUGCAACCAUAUUUACCUAUGGUCUUGGAAGACAAGUUAACAUGGAACUUCUGAAAAAAUUAGCAAAUCAAGAUUUCAACGAUGAACUCGGUAAAGAUGACAUCACAGAAAAAGAGGGAUUUACUGUACGAAAUGUAACGCAAGGAAGCGCUUACAAGAUUCAAGAGCCUUAUCAGUUACGAGAUCGAUUAACUUUCUUUUACACGAAGUUGAUUAAAAAUGACACAAUAGAAAGGAGUGAAGAGCCUUCAUUCUCAGUUCCUUACUUUGAUCCUGGUGGCCUCGGUUUGAUAUUCACAGUUGGAUUUCCUGUAGUAGGGCAGGAUGCAAAAAGAACAUUCAUUGCCGCCGUUGCUGCCAAUGACAUCUCCAUAUCGGAUCUUUUGGGUGAUGUCAUCAAACUUAAAAAUGACGAUAGGUCAUAUGUUUUUGUGAUAGAUGGAUCUGGACGUGUUCUUAUUCACCCGUUGAUGCCGGUGCCAGAAAAAUCUCUCAAUACACCAUAUUUUAUCCACAUCGAAACCUUGGAGCGCGAUGAGGCUUUGAAAUGCGUAAUUAAGUCGAUGAAGGAAGGUCUUAAAGGAGAGAAGACGAUUCUUUCAAAUAGAGUUGCACCGGCUGGCGACUGCAAUAAAGUAUUCAUUAUAAAUCAGACUUACCACUGGCAUCCUAUACCAAACACAAACUUUUCGCUGUGCUUUGUUGAAGAAGUGAAUGACUACAUCGUGAAUUUAAGUCCUCCUCAGUCCAUUUUUGGUUGUUUCGACAAAAAAGGAAAUUCAAUUGUCGCUCAUCGGUGCCCAAAUAUGAGUAUGUCUACUUUCCGUUACCACAGACUAGAUUUGUUCAAUACUCAAGACGUUUGCCGCCAUCUUUAUAAGAUGUCGACCGUAACUUCCAGUGUUGUAAAACUAUCGCCGCAGUGUUUUAUACAGCCAGAAGAAUAUGAAUCAAAUAGUGAAACUAUAAAACAAGUGCAAGAAUAUGAGAGUAUGUUCAACGAUUUUUUGAGUGCGUCGUCAAUGGAGGAGGCUUAUCAGAUUUAUAAAUACUAUACAACACCCCCUUUAACAUGUGAUUCGAUUCAUGUUAACGUAAUAUCGGAUAUCAUUUGGACAUCAAGUGUGGAUGCGAUUUGGAUGUCAGAAAAAGACAAUCACAUAGUCAGGCGAUUCAUUGGUACAAGGUCAGGAAUGGUCAGAUUCUAUCCUGGAACAAACAUAACUUCUUCGUAUGAUCCGAUAACACGGAUUUGGUAUGAAUUAGCACUUGCUUAUCCAGACAUGCGAGUAUUUUCACUUCCUUAUAAAGAUGUUGCUGGUGCAGGAAAUGUCAUAACAAUAAGUCAUACUGUACACACUCCACAAAUUCCACUUAACGAUUGGAACGCGGGAUUAACCGAGAAGAAAGUGAUUGGUGUGAUGGGAAUGGAUUUGUCACUUACAUAUAUUUAUGCAAAACUUCUUGAGUUUUAUCCAAUGUGCAAAAUGAGAUGGCAUUGCAUUCUGAUGGAUAUCAGAGGAUAUUUAGUUUUACAUCAAGAUUAUACAGAAUCAGGUUCGCCGGAAAGAAAACACAUUACCGGCGAAGAUGGUCCAUUAUCGGAAAUUCUUCUCCAACGAGGUUUAAUGUAUAGAGCAAGGUGUCUUGAAUUAGAGACAACAAAGUACAAAGUUACAUACGUUCUGAUUGAAAAUGCUUAUGUGAAUGAAAUGGAACACAGGGACAAAUGCAAACGAUACUACAUGGAAGCAGUUCCCAACACCAACAUAUUUUUCGUAGCAAGAGAAUCCCACAGUUCUUGUUAUUAUCAUACAUGUGUCAAAUUCAACAAGCCAUGCAGUCAACACACGGAAUGUGUUAUACACGAUGAUUGGUCAAACACAACAUGCGAAUGCCCAUGUAGAGCUGAUCUCACGAUAAACAGCUGUACCAGCUUCGUUGAUGCUGGUGUUGAUAUCGUAGCCUGCUAUCCAUUUCGAGAUCGAUGUAAAGUUGUUGAAAACGAUUGUUAUGCUGACUCAUUGCCACCUUGCUACGACCCAAAAUGCGAGAAACUGGUAUCACACUUCAACUGUUCCAGUGUCGUUGGAUGUACUUGGUGCAAAAAAAGUUUGUCUGGAGCAUAUUUAGAGAAACCUUAUUGCUCCGAGACUGAUUUUUGUUAUGAUGGUUUUGAAGGACAGAAAAUACUUGGCAUUGACAUAAAUCCCGAGGUGUGCUACACACAAGUGGAACUGGAUGACAAAAUUUUGUUGACAAUUUGUGUAUCAGGCGGAAUGUUUGUUAUAAUAUUCGUAGCGACAAUAAGCGGUUGUUGUUAUCUACAUAGAAAAAUGAAUAAACGGAAAAAAAUGUUAAAAUCUAACAAUAGCAAUCAAGUAUAUUCAGAAGUUGACGACGAUAUUGCAAACAUUUUUGCUGCGAUUGGUGGAAAAGCAGGAGGUUCGGUUCAGUCGAACAGUAUAUCCAUAGGACCCAGAGAAUCUGUGCAAACAAGCGCAUCGUCUGUCGGAACAAGUGCACGACAAAGAUCUAUGUCGUCGCCACAAGUUGUGCUCUCUAUAGUCGAUAGUGACGGAGCUGAAAUAGCAAGAAGUUUACCCAGGCCUGUUCAAAUCGUUCGUGGUAAACAAUUUGUUAACAAAGAUGGAGGGAAAAUUUCAUCCUCGGACAAUGACAAAGAAAAGCCACAUCCAACAAAUUUUAAACCGAGCAUCCGAUUGGGAGAAGCAACUUCAGGAUCGGCCAACCCAUUUGUAGACGCAAGCUCCAACAUCGCUGAAGCCGCUAUCAAAAGUAAAAUUUCAUCUGAAAACAACGCUGCAAAACAUUCAGAUAAUGAGGAGCAAACAAACCACAUUGCUGAAAAAUAUAACAAAACUACUCAAAAUAAAGAACACAACAACGUCCUUUCGGGGAAUGCCACACGUGCUAAACACGCUCGAAAAGCACUGCCAUCAGAGGAUCGAACGCAACAGAGUAGCCUAAAGAUGAAAUCUAUUACUAAUAUACUCCUUUCGGUGUUGAAGAAAAAGGAGCAACCAGUAGUUAGCCCAUUGGAUGAUAUUUCAAGUGUGGAUGACAUCAGUUCAAUGUAUUUCAACAUGUUUGAAGAACCAAAGAAUGUUGAAUGUGAUGUUCCAAUAAUACAGUCCGAUCAUUCUGAUGAAGAAUGCACAGAAAAUCAAGUACAAAGUGGUGCAGUAUUAGACUAUAUGUCUAUGUGUAGCGGUGAUUCAAGCCGAGUUAAUAAUGAUAAUAGCUGGCGAACAGCUUCAUCACAAGAACUAGCAGAAGUAGGAGAAGAUACAAUUGACGAUGAGCCUGACCACGUAGAAGUAUUACGCGACAAUUAUGUCGAUUCAAAAGUUAGUGAAGAGUUUGUAAGCAAUAAAGUUGUUUACAUUAAAACAAUAUCAAAGCAAGACAAUGCGAAUAGCAAAAAUUUAGAUAAUGCGUGUCUUUCUGCAGAAAUGAAAAAUAGCACUAAUAAAUAUACCAAUGCAGGUGUGAAUUCUAACAAAGCGGAACGUAACCCAUCUUACGAUCACUCAAGCCAACUCCAGAAUAAAGAACACACAGAUCGAAUCAGAAACAGGAAAAAAAGGAGUAGAAACACUGAUAAUUUUAUUGUUUAUGUAUAAUUCAUUUUUUUUUUCAUUUGCACCAUCUAUUAUUUUUCAUAUUUUGGAGCUCCUAUAAAAUCUGGGAAGUGAAUUAUAAAUUUUUACUCCAUAUAUAUCAUGUAUAGUCUUUUGCUAGCAACGUUAAAAUACCAUGUUUCGUAGAAUCAUACUCCUGUACCUGAUUUAUUGAUGCACGUCAAUCGAUUCAGUAAUGGAAAACCCAUCAGUGCUUGUAAAACGUGGUAGUUUCCAUAUCGCGUUCAGUACAUGCACUAGAAUGAUUAUUUCCCUUCAGGCACCAGGGAUUGUCAGUGGGUGGUCUUGAAUAUGCUCAGGCCUGGGUUCAAGUUGAACAUACGCUAGCAAAUCGCUUUUGCUGUAUGAAUUUGUUUCAAAUAUGCAUGCUUGUGGUGGUUAAGACCCGAGGAUGUUGAGAUUUGGUCAUCAACAUACUUCGUCGUAUAUUUGCGCCAUCGAAGGCUGAAAUCAAAUUCAAGGGAUAACGAAUGAUUUAGGCAGACAGAGCGUUCAUUUCACAACAACUCCUCUAAAGACAUUAGAAGAAUUAUUCCCAUUUAUUUCAUUGCACUCAUUUUUACCAAUUUAGCAAAUAAAAAUUGAAUGACAGAAUGUUUUUCGAUAGUUUUUUAUUGUGCCGCAAAUUGCACUACUUGAUCCAAUGCCGAAUUUGCAUUACGCAAGCCUUGCUUUUUUUGACUGCAGUGGCAGUAAAUCUAUUA